GCAUGAUGUCUAUAGCUAGUACCUAUGUAGGUACAAGUAUAAUAUUGGACAAUUGUACAAUUGUACAGGCGCCUUCAAGUUCUUGUUGAGCUGCAGUGCAGCCUCCGAGUCUCGCUCUACAACAAUUAUUAAUGUACUGCCAGUAGCAGCUCGGAGGCUGCCCGUGGUGUUCGUCCCCUUCGGCCGCCAAGCCGGUGGCCGCAAUUAUUGGGGGUCAGUGCUGCGUUGCAGUUACGUUGCUCGUCUGCGAUCACUGGACUUGAACACUGGCCGCAUGUUCUCUCGUACCGCUUGAUGCUGAAGUGUACUUCAGACGCAACAGGCACUGGCAUGCCAUGACCCCUUGGUCCAUAUAAUUCUCAUCUUUAAGAGCGCAUUGGCUCCAUCAGCCUGAUAAUAGAGACCCUCCACCUCCCUGCAUUGAGCCUUCGAGAUCACAUCAUGGCUCCUUAUAGCCCCGUGCCUGUCGACGAAAAGGCAGCACUCUACCACUACCAAGAGCCUUGUUACACAGAGCGCCGUCGGCCAGGGUCAAGACCAUGGAGAAGGACUUUGAUCACACGCAUUAUACCGGCUCUGCUCACGUUACUGGCGGUUUUCUCGUUAUUCCGCGCCGUUUUCGUUUGCAACCACCAUUACAACCCUGGCCUGUCACCCCAUGAUGCCGACUUGGGCGAUAGUCUAGAAGGUGGAAAUAAAGUGCCACUUGAGAUUCAUGUCAUGUCCAAAUGUCCUGAUGCGCGGGAUUGUCUACGUGAACUGGUGGUACCGACCAUGGAACGAGUUAGCGAUAAAGUCAACUUCACAAUGUCAUUUAUUGGAAGCAUCGAUCCCAACUCGGACGCUGUUACCUGCAAACACGGCCCCGCUGAAUGUCUCGGAAACGUCAUCCUCCUGUGUGCAGCGCAUGUCUACUCCGACGUGAAGGUGUGGCUCGGGUUUGCCAAUUGCAUGAUAUCCGAUUAUCCAGACAUUCCCAAUCGAGACUUGGUUGAGGAUUGCGCCAUGGAGCACGGGGUUGACUUUCAGAAGCUGAAUACUUGCAUCAGCGAGGAAGGAGAAGGUGUCGGCCUGCUUCGAGAGAGCGUUCUCAGGAGUCAGGAAAAUAACGUAACGAAGAGCUGCACAGUGAGGCUGGCUGGCGAAACCAGAUGUAUUCGUGAUGGGGGCAAGUGGUAUGACUGCCCAGGAGGCAGUUCGGUUAAGAGCCUCGUACGCGACAUCAAUCAUCUGUACAACAAGACCAUAUGAAACGUCGGCUUGGAAAGCGACGAAAUUGUCAACUGGCCGCCUCUUUGAUACCCUCGAAUGACGAGUGCUUCAGAAGGUCUCCUCUCCCCCGAAUUGUUGGUUGCUGACACCCGAGAUCUCCAUAGCCCUUUCAGAUGUAUCUGAACAUGUUCUCGCGGACGCCUCUUUUCAUAGCAACUGCCUUUCCCUCUUCCAGUUCGACUCCGGCCUCUCCACCGUCGCCAGCUAGAUUCUCCAUGGCUCUGCGCAUCUCUUCAUCUGCCUCUGCCAUGCUCUUGUGCACUUUCUUGAGUUUUUCGAUUUU